AUGGCCAUAAACCCCAUCUCAAAAAGACUAGACUACCCCUUCGACCUCGGCACCUUCGGCCGCCCCAUCACCACCACAGACGCCCAAGCCCAAACCUGGUUCAACCGCGGCCUGACAUGGGUCUACACCUUCAACCACAAAGAAGCAGCCACCUGCUUCGAGCAGGCCAUCGCGCACGACGACGCCUGCGCAAUCGCAUACUGGGGUCUUGCAUACGCCCUCGGUCCAAACUACAACUACACGUGGGAAUUCUUCGGCGAGAACCUGCCUGAGAUUGUGCAACGGACGUAUCAGGCGUCCCAGAAAGCGCGGGACCUCGCAGGCUCCGCGACGCCGAUCGAGCAGGCGCUUAUUACAGCUAUCCAGGCGCGGUUCACGAGCGACAAGCCCGCGGAGAACUUCGAGCAGUAUGCGGCGCAGAACCGGGCGUACGCUGACGCGAUGGAGAAGGUGUAUCACGCCUUUGGAGACGAUCUGGAUGUUGCGGCGUUAUACGCGGACUCGCUAAUGAGUCUGACGCCGUGGAAGCUCUGGGAUUUGAAGACGGGGCGCCCGAAUCCUGGGACCAGGACGCUCGAUGCGAAGAAUGUGCUUGAGAAGGCGCUGCGUGAUGCGAACUCGUCGAAACACCCGGGUCUCCUGCACUUCUAUAUCCACUUGAUUGAGAUGUCUCCAACCCCGGAACUGGGACUUAUCGCCGCCGACCAUCUGCGCGAGUUAGUCCCUGACUCGGGGCAUGUGAAUCAUAUGCCCUCGCAUCUGGAUGUAUUGGUGGGUGACUACCGCGCCGCGAUACGAGCGAACCAGCGCGCGACCAUCGCGGACGAGAAAUAUCUUGCCCAUGAAGGCGCCAUGAACUUUUACUCCAACUACCGCAUGCACAACUACCAUACUCUGAUCUACGCGGCCAUGUUCGCGGGCCAGAAAGCCGUUGCGCUGGAUGCAGUUGAUCGCAUGGAGAAGACGCUGCCGGACGAACUCCUGACCAGCCUGGCUGACUUUGUGGAGGUGUACAUGUCCGUCCGGCCGCAUGUUAUGGUGCGCUUUGGACUGUGGGAUGAGAUCAUCAAUGACCUACCUGUUCCGACGGAUAAAGAGCUAUACUGCGUCACGACGGCAAUGACUUACUACGCCAAGGGCGUCGCAUACGCAGCGACAGGCAACGUCGCCGAGGCAAAGAAAUUCCGGACUCUCUACGCUGCUGCCGCAAAAGCAGUCCCAGACACCCGCCUCGAUUUCCCAAACAAAUGCACCGAUAUCCUAGCCAUCGCGUCUGCAAUGCUGGAUGGAGAAAUUGAGUAUCGGCUGGCCAACUAUGAUGCCGCAUUUGAGCACCUCGCGCGCGCCGUGGAACUUGAUGACGGCCUCGGCUACAGCGAGCCCUGGUCCUGGAUGCAACCCGCUCGUCAUGCGUAUGCCGCUUUACUCCUGGAGCAAGACCAUGUCGAAAAAGCAAUGGCAGUGUACAAGACGGACUUGGGACUCGAUAACUCUGCAAUCCGGGCGAGGAGACACGCCAAUAACGUUUGGGCGCUCAGGGGCUACCACGAAUGUCUUUUGCGGCUGGGCAGGGACAACGAGGCCCGUGUUAUUGAGCCGCAGUUGACGCUCGCCCUUGCAGUUGCCGAUGUGAGCGUUGAGAAGAGUUGUUUUUGUGCGAGGGAGAGGGGCGCGGAGCACGGAGUGCCUAAGCUUGGGCUUGGGGCAAAGAUUGAAGACGGAGCUUGUUGUCGAUGA